AUGGCUAUCGACGAGAUAAUUACAGAACCAUCUCUCAAGCUUGCACUUGAAACUUCGAAUCAGACGCGGGAACAAGCAAUUGCUCUUCUUGACUUCGUAUCGGCUGCAUCUACAACCUCCACUCCGUCGAACGAAGUUCUACUACAGAUCUCUAAACAACAAAAACUGCUUCUUACAUAUCUCGCACAAUUGAGAGGUCUACAUCGUGAUUCUCAUGCCGGCGCACGAGAAACAAAAGCUUUAACCGCGGAAGCGCGUCAAGAAGUAGAUAGGCUACAUUUACAACUUCAAAAUCUGUACUAUGAACAACGGCAUUUACAAGGGGAAAUUGCUGCUUGCGAAUCAUAUGACCACAAAUAUCAGCAACUUCCCUUGAUACCAGUCGACGAAUUCUUAGCACAACAUCCUGAACACGCUGACGCUGAUGAGAAUGCGCUUAUGAUUGCAAGAAUAGAUCAUGAACAUCAGGAGAGAUUGAAGUUGGAGGAACAGAGACAAGGACUUUUGAAGAAGAAACAAGGCUUGAUUGCCGAUAAUAAGAAGAGGAAGGAUGACCUGGCCAAUCUUGACAAAGAUUUGGAGAAGUUUAUCGAUGCUGCGAAACCGAUACAGAAAACUUUUGAGCGUGUGGUAUGA